CUCACUCACAAAGAAUCACGCCGCCCACUUCUUUUCCCUCUCACUCACGGUUCAGCCCAUUCCCUUCCCCACACCAGCAGCUGCGGCACACCACCACCACCAGCCACAUAUUCUUCCUCCACCGGUGAGCAGCCACCGUAGCAGAAGCUCCGCCUUCCUCCCUCACGGCACCCAGCAGCGGCGGGCUGCUUUGUUCUCUUCCUCCCCCCUGCAGCAGCGUGAGUUUCCAAGCAACGGCAGCCACCUUCGUGGUGGUUUUCGCGGCAGCAGCAGCCCAACACCACCAUACCAACUCCUUCCUUCUUCACCCUUCUCUCGUUUCAUCUUAGUGCCCAUUUCGUAAGAGGAAAGUAGAGCCUUAGUUGGGUGAUUUUGUGACUUUUGAUCGUGCAGUGACUCUUACAGCUAUAACACAUUGGCCUUUGGUCUAAUGUCGAGCAGCAGGAGGAUUAUAAACAGGUGUAGCAGGUAGGAAAAAUAUUGUGGUCAUGAUCACCUUAAAGGAAGUCGUACCAGCUGCAUCAAACAACAUAGAUGCGAGAUUCAUACUCUUGGACAAAGGCAGGAUUAUUAUGGAAGGCCAAAACAAGACUUGUUUGGCACUCGUUGCUGAUGAAACUGCUGCAGUGCAUUUUCAGCUUUGGGGAUCAGAAUGUGAUAUUUUCCAGCCAGGUGAUAUCAUCCUCCUGUCGAAUGGUAUAUUUUCUUACCAACGUAACAAUUUUGUGCUAAGAGCAGGAAGAAGAGGGAAGAUUGAGAAGGAUGGGGAAUUUACAUUGAAUUAUGUUGAAAUUCCCAAUAUGAGUGAAAUCAGUUGGACUCCUGAUCCUAAUAACCCCAAGAAGUAUGUUCAGGGAACUGUCAAUUCUCCUUAUUCUCGCAUCUUUCCUCCCCUUUGUUAACUCUUUAUGCAGGGCUCUAAAUUCUUUUGGGGUAAAAUUGACCACAUUCGUUUAGUCCUUUCUUUAAAGGGAGUACGGGUAUGGAUUGUCCGUCACCUUUCCUCACCCAGACUCUGUUUUUCGAGCGGUAUAUUAGGUUGAUGAUGAUGAUGAGGCUGUGGAAGAUCUAUGUCGCUCAAAUCUCCAUUCUCCUUACUCAGGAUAAACAAACGAUAAAUCUUAGAGACUUCAAUUUAGGAAUCUUUCAUUUACCUAGAUUACCAAAUCAAUCUCCUUGCUGUAUUGAUGGGCAAUUCAAUUUCUUCCAGCUAGAAAAACUGCUUCCAUCUUUUCAAUUUGCUACAAAUUGCACUCUAAUCCGUCCCAUUGAAUUUUUUUUUAUUUGCUUAUUUUGAAGAAUGACUUUACAUUCUAUCUACAAAUUUCAUCCUUAUGUUUAAUCUUUCUUUCUACUUCAUCUGCACAUCAAAUAUUUUGUUCCCUGAAAAUGAACGACAAACUGUCUUGUUGCAAAUUCAAAGCCAUCCCAAGAGGAUCAUAUAAGUAAGCAUGAUCAAUUAAUACCAAAAUGAAUACAUGGAACAGAUUCAUCACCCAGUUCAAUGAGUCAGUACCUAUGCCAUCCAGAUGCUGAUGGUGCAAGUGAAGACAUGGAUGAUGAUUCUCGUUUUUGUAUCUCUGUCAAUGAAGUAGUAGGUGAUGCUUAAAUCUGCUUGCAGGAGAACGAGGCUAAGCCUCCAGAGAUGGUAUCGGAUCACAAACAUCAAAUUUCGUUGAUCAUAACAAGUCCAUCCAAUGAGAGACAGUCACAGGUGCUUACUCGUUUAUGAAGCUUCAAAUGCAUGGAACUGCCUUGAUUCAGGGAGAAUACAGUAGUUCCUCUCCUCGUGCUACUCGUGGUGAGCGCGCUCCUCGUUCAUGAGAGACAGUUGUAGUGUUGCUUAGUCGUUCAUCUCAUCAAAGUGGAGAAAGCUGGCUUAGAUCAUAUGGUCGUUAUUCAUAAUUUGUUCCCCUAGAACCGUACCAAAGCAUUCUAUUUGGUUGCAGCCUGCUGGCUUAGAUCACUGAUUUACGUAUUGAUGAAGGCUUCAUGUCAAGUUAUUGAUCUGCGUAGGGGGCAUUUCUUUCUAUCAACAGUUCUGCAAUUAGAUUUGGGUUGUACGUUUCUGUUAGUUGGAACUUGAUGAUUGUAAGUUGUAACUAAUACUACUUUUGUUGCAUAUACUUGCUAUAUUUUACUUUUUACUCAAUUUAAUGUAUAAUUUUGACAGUUUAUAUCUUAAAUUAUGCUUAAAACCACAUUCUCUAAACCCCUAGUCUUAGCCUUUAAUUGUCGGACUAAUUGGCUGUCUAUGGAUGAAAUGCAUGUAGCACCAUAACGUUAGAUCUAUUAAAAGAACUGUAAAUUUUACUUAAAAAUACUUCUAGGACUCGUUCGGUUUUCGGUAUUUAAUAGUUUAAAAGGUAAUAGAAAUUUAGUGUACUUUUCAUUAGAAAAUCUCUUGACAAGUUUAAUG